AUGCUGGCAAAGAUUUUUGCUUUGAUGCGAAAAAAAUCUCAGGGGAUCAAUAAUUCUGAUGCAGAUUUAUCAUUAAAAAGAUCUUGCUUGAACACAGUUCAGGCUUCAUUGGGUGAUGGCCAUACCAUUGGCAAGGUUUACAAAAAAAUCUCAGAAGUCAAUACGUUUUUGCGUAGUGGCAAAACAAUUAUUACUUCUGAAGAUAUAGAAGCAGAAGCAAGCAAGGCUGUUGAACAAGCUCUCUCACCUGAUAGCUAUCCAGUCUUGAAUCAAUUAUUGCAAUCACACAUACAAGAAGAACAGCUGUAUGAGAAAUAUGAUAAAACACAAAGUGCAUAUUUUGAGGCAAACAGGUGUAUUAUCAAGUCUGUUGUAGAUUAUCUUUGUAAUCAGGCUGCGGACAAACUCAUUACACCAGGCAAAAUCAGAAGAAAGGUUUUGCAUUAUAUUUCAAGCCAAAAGUUAAAAGAAAAGAAGACUGACAAUCAAACUGCAGAAAUGAACCAAGUUGAAUGUCUUUCCCAAAGACAUGUUCAGAUAAUAAGUGCAUAUUUCUUAUCAUAA